UUCGCUAUCUUGCAGACAGCGCAAUCAACUCCCAGCAAAGUGAAGAUUGGAGAAASUUUACGAGAAAAAUAGCCCAUAACUCCUUCUUGUUCAAUUGUCAAGCUUUUGGAAUAUMAUUUUCAAAAUGUACGCAGUUCAAAAUGCAAGAAUUGAGGAAAAUCGUGGRGUUUUUCAAGCAAAUAAUCAACUAGACCUACAGAAGAUAAUUAACUGGAUGAAGUGUGGCUUACUCGAUACUACAAAUUCCAUAGAUUUACAGCUCCUGCAAGGCCUUAUCUGUGCGAAYGGACAAGGUGUACCGACGGCUACACCCGCAAUCGGACAGAAUUCAUUUCCACAACAAAAUCAGCAGUGGAAAUGCAACCAAAGUUUCUCAAGUUCUUUCGAUUCGGCCGUGUCUACGGACAGUGACUAUUCGUCAGAUAAUGAAAGUGUAUCAGAGUUUCUYGAGGGCACCACGCGUUUUGUGAAUCCACCAGUKGAAAUGCUCAAACAGCAAGAUUUGGAGCAAGAAAAUUCUCUUGGAUUCACUGGUGAAGAGGUGGAUGAGAUCUUAAAUGCUUCUGGAAUGCACCACUCCUAUCCAGACUUGCAUUUUUUUGAUGAUUUUCAAGACUCCUACCAACAACAACAGCAGCAGCAACAGCAAACACUGGGUUACAUACCCAUGMUACAGCCUAAAAUGGAAGAAUUCUCUACUGCAUCCCCUUGUAGUUCUAUCGCCAUUGAGCCAGUACACAGCCCAUGCUCUGAUUCUGAUUCUGAAUCAGGGAUUGGAAUGAGCAGUGGAUCUGAACCCGAGUCUCCAAAUCCUGAUACAAGUUCAUUAGAUGAAACUGCCAAUGUUGUACCACUAUACCCUACGAAGAGCAGAAGAAAGAGGGGGCCCAAGCCGCCUGCCAAAUACAAUGGCAAUGGCCCAAUUCAGCUAUGGCAGUUCUUGCUYGAGCUCCUGCUUGAUCCUAAUAGCAAGAAGCUUAUCAAGUGGACUCAUGAUGAGAAGUUUGAGUUCAAGCUGCUGAAUCCACCCCAUAUUGCAAUCAUGUGGGGAAAGAGAAAGAACAAGCCUAGCAUGAACUAUGAGAAGUUAAGCCGUGGUCUGAGAUACUAUUAUGACAAGCACAUCAUUGACAAAGUCCAUGGCAAGAGGUAUGUUUACAGAUUUGUCUGUGAUAUUGAGAAAAUUCUUGGUUAUGACCCAACAGAGCAGAAGGCUGAGGGAACCAUGGAGGAUGCUGUGUGUGGAGAACCYGAAGUAGCUGACAGUAAGUCUCAGUUUAUCACUCAUGACCACAGUGAUGAUUGUCCUGUGGACAGUGCAGUAACUGACUGGGAUUUCACUGCCUACUUCAAUGUCAAUGAACUGUAAUGUUCUCGUUUUUUGGUUAUAACCAGGCCCCUUAUUGGGGCCAUCGUUGUAAAAUUACUGUUUCUGCUGUUGAUGAGUCAAAAUGUGAUUUAGUAGAAUUUGUAGGUUAGAUUUUAUAGAUGAAUAGGUUGACUGUAUAAAGCUUUUGAUAGAUUUUCUUGGCUCAUCAUCAGUAGAAACUGUGAUAUCUUGUAGCUUGUAUCAAGCAGUGUUUACUUAUUGCCUCUUGAAGUGUACAGAAGCUUUUAUUUACUGCUUCUUUGCACUUCAAGAUGGUGUUUCAGUGUGGUGUCAUUCAUUUGAAUGGCCUGCACUGAAGUCUCUUUUCAAUAUAUUGUUCAGUUUGACCUAAUCACCAGUUUAAUUAUUAUAAAAGUUUUCUUCAAC